CAUCCAAACAGUUCACAAAGGCAUUUCUUGAUAUUUCAACUUUUCAAAAUAUUUCAUUUUUGUUAUCGGAAAAACAAGAUGGGGUUAUCGGAAAAUGUGGAUUCCGGCAAGGUGGCCGGACAGAAAUCUCAGUUUUCUCAGACUUGUAACCUUUUGAGUCAAUUCUUGAAGAAAAAAGGUUCUGUUGGAGAUCUUAAUAAUCUUGGCAUCUACAAAACUACUUUUGAACCAACUGGAUCUCAACAAACUGCUACCACCACUACAACUACUAUGAAUUUGUUGCCAAUGAUUGAGAAAUCAAGUGAUUCAUCGUCGUCAUCGUCGUCCGUUGAAACAAAUCCUCAAAAACCCAUGAAUCUUUUCCCUCAAGAAUUUGAUUUCUCCAAAGAACAAUCCACAAAAAAGACUGAAUCUUGGAUAUCUGAUCAACCAGAAAAGGCACAAAUGACCAUUUUUUAUGGGGGACAAGUCAUUGUUUUUGAUGAUUUUCCAGCUGAUAAAGCAAAUGAGAUCAUGAAAUUAGCCAACAAGCAAAACCCCACAAACAACUUCACUUAUACUAUGAUGAAGAAUCAAAAAACAGCUGAUCAAUCUGGUGCAAAUUUUGGUAACAAAUUGAUUCAAGAACUCCCAAAAGUGUCAAUGCCACAGACUUCUGUUGCUGAUUUACCAAUCGCGAGGCGGAAUUCACUUACAAGAUUCUUGGAGAAAAGGAAAGAUAGAGUAACAUCAAUUGCACCAUACCAAAUCUCCAACAACAAGAAAUCCAAGAAUGAGGAAAACAAGGCAUGGUUGGAUUAGGUGCUCAAUUUGUUAAAACUGAGCAAUACUUUUAGUUACUUUUCUUGGAUUUUCAUUUUUUGAUGAUUGAAGAAGGGGAGUCUUGAC